AUGUCUUCAGAAGCUGCGCCAGAGCUUGCGAAUGCCGCCUCACCGUCAGAUUCAGCGUCACCAGAACCUACGGAGCAUGCGCCCGCUGCCGAUGGCCGAUCCGACGACAAGUCUAAGAAGCGAGCAGCCCCUAAUGACGGCGCUGAGCAGCCGCAUAAGGUCACAAAGAGGCGAGCCGCUCGUGCCUGCGUGUCAUGUCGCGCACGCAAAGUCCGUUGCGAUGUGGUCGAGGGAGCUCCCUGCGGAAAUUGUCGCUGGGACAAUGUUGAGUGUAUCGUUCAAGAAAGCCGCCGGAGAAAAAAGAACCUCGUCACGCCCAGCAUCGUGGGGCAAGGCCAAUCAACCGAGGCUCAACUGCUCAGCAAAGCACCUUCGAGUAACCCCAUUGCCAUCAACAGCGCCGACCCGCGACGCACCAGCGGUGGUCCCUCGAUUCUUUCGCCCGCCAGCCUCGAUCCUUCAAGCGGUCUGCUCCCAAAUGCUGGUGCUGACGGCCAUGUGCCUCAUAUGAUCUAUCAACGAUCUGCAUAUCGAAAUGAGCCUCCUCUUCUCAGCAAGGCCCAGCUGUCAGAAGCAAAUCGGCCUUCUUGGGCGAGUUCGGCUGGUUCCCUGGGUCAUGGCUCCUCCUACGCCUCGGAUGCCGUUGCCCAGCUGCCUCCGUUUGUGCGCGCCUUGCCCAGUAAGAUCCCAGCAGAAGACGUUCGCUAUCUGCACGCAAAGGGCGCAUUAAGCAUCCCUUGCCUCUCACUGCAGAAUGCCCUCCUGCGUGCUUACAUCGAGUUCGUUCAUCCCUACAUGCCGUUGAUGGACCUUGUGCCCUUUCUCAACGUCAUCAAUCGCUACGAUGCCGCCGAGGGUCAGAUCAGCCUUUUCCUUUACCAUGCUGUCAUGUUCUCAGCCACUGCUUUUGUCGAUAUGAGACAUUUACGUGAAGCCGGCUAUGCCACCCGCAAGGCUGCCAGAAAAGCCUUUUUCCUAAAGACGAGGCUACUCUACGACUUCGACUACGAAUCAGACCGCUUGGUUCUCGUCCAGGGGCUUCUGUUGAUGACGUAUUGGUACGAAACACCCGAUGACCAGAAAGACACUUGGCACUGGAUGGGUGUGGCCAUCUCUCUGGCCCACACCAUUGGGCUACAUCGCAACCCUGAGGUGACGAGCAUGGCCCAGCCGACUCAGAAGCUGUGGAAGCGCAUCUGGUGGUCUUGUUUCAUGCGCGACCGCCUCAUUGCUUUAGGCAUGAGGCGGCCGACGAGGAUCAAGGAUGAGGAUUUCGACGUGCCGAUGCUGGUGGAGAGCGACUUUGAGCUGGGGGUGCUGCCAGAGCACAUCGCAAUCAUCCCGCCCGAAUGCACCUUGAUGCGCGAUGUAGAGAUGCAGCGGGAGCUUGCCGUCAUGUGCAUCGCCAAGGCGAAGCUGUGCAUCUGCAUUAGCCACAUGCUCAAGGCCCAGUAUUCGGUCCUCAUCCGCGACAACAUGAAGCCUGAGAACACAACAAACAGCACCAUGAUGCUGUUCCCCAACAAGAAGCUGGACAACCUGGACAAUAUCAAGGUUGUUGACGCAGAGCUCCAGGAAUGGGCGGCGACGCUUCCUGCAUGCUGCCAGUACCGCAUGUUGGUUCCUGCAGACGUCAAGAACGGCAGGUCGACCAUUGCAGUUCAGCGAAUGCUACUCCAUAUGGUGUACCACACGACCAUUUCCGCCCUGCAUCGCCCUCAGUUCCUACCGUCAUCGCCCAUGCAGGCGCCGACUGCUUCUCGCCAGGUGCAGGAAAUGUCACGCCUCAAGGUCAAGGACGCGGCGACGCACAUUACAGACAUGGCUACGGAACUGCACCAUCUCCGCCUGGAAAGAUACUUGCCUACCACGGGUGUGACGGUGAUACUGCCCGCCAUGAUCAUCCACUUGCUGGAGAUGAAGAAUCCGUUGCCCGACGCUCGUGCGCGGGCAACAAGAGGCUUCCGUCAGUGCAUGCGCGUUAUGGAGAAGCUGCGCGAGAUUUACGCAGCAGCCGAUUAUGCCACCGGUUUCUUGGAUGCUGCUCUGAGGAAGGCGGCCAUUAACAUCAAUGCCUCUGUUGAGCCUGCAACGUUGGCAAUGAUGAAAGAGGUCCCGCCCGAGUUUGGUACUCAGACGCCGCCGCCUGAAAACGCGCCCUACAUGACCGCCUCCGAGACGCUCUUCAACCAAAAGCCAAAGGAGGCCCAGAAGGUGAUGGGUCCUCCGGGGACAGUCAAUGCUUCCUCCCAAGUGUCCGGGGCAGUCAAUUCCCCACCACACACCGACUUUGACCCGUCGAACCUCACGCCGAGCGGUCACGACGAGUUCGACUGGAACGCGGUCGCCGGUACGGACUUUGAUGUCGAUCAAUGGCUGCAGUUCCCCCCCGAAGGGGUAACUAGCACUGACGAGACGCUGAUGGCUUCUGCCUUUACUGGUGCUCCCGAUGCUGCGGAUGCGUUUGGAUGGGUAUUCAACACGAACGUCGAUGGUACCAUGCCGGGGCAACCGGAAACCUCUACUUGA